AUGGCACAGCCCAAUUCUGGCGUCGCUGCCCAACAGAGCGCUGACCAUCGAGCAAACGACACUGGAGCCCGAAACCUUACUCUGGAUUUCAAAGGACUUCAGAUCAAGGCCCCUGUCAGCCCCGAACAGCGCAAAAGCCUACUGGAUCUACCACCCACUAUCCUCUGUGGCAUUAUCCAGGCAACCGACUACCAGACCGCACUCCGCCUCUCCCACACCCACCGUCACUUCCGCGGACUGGUCGAGGUAGGAUUCUCUCACGGCCCAAAGCUCCAGGACAAAAUCGCAUUCGUUGUACGGCGCGCCCAUGCCAAGUGCACUCCAUACACCCUCAACCCGUACACCAAAGGCCAGGGUUAUCUUGGCUGCCGGCUAUGCUUCCAAGUCUACCCCAUUCUUCCCAACGACCCCGAAUUCGACGACAAAUUCCUGGGCGUGUGCAGAGACUGCGACCUGACAUGCGGCGUACCCACAACAGGAGAUGAACACGACGACCUACUCCGGGGAACGACAUACCAUCUCGGCUCAAACCGGCUUGUACGUUUCUGCCUGGUGUGCGGCCAUCUCGUCUACCAAGACCCCCGCCCAAACCGUCCGAUCAUCUACUGUCCCUGUAUCAAGGAUGGCUUGGUGGGUGAGCAUCUUGGUGCCGUCAAGGCCUACGAGGGUUGCGCAGUUCAUCUCUUGACAUACCUACCAACCUACAUGAGGUUGUGGGAUGAACAAAACCCACCUACAUGGCCUGGGUUCGAGACUACAGACCAGCAACCCGCCUUCCGAGCAGAGGAGGUGGGAGAGCUUGCGGACGACAUUGUCUUCGCGGACAAGUUUUCGGCCAAGAUGAUUGGCAUCGAAGUCGGCAAGCUGGAGCGCCAAGCUUCAGAGAAGAAGCGCGCUCUGGCUGCCGACGAGAUGAAAGCUUGUCUGGAGAAGAUUCGUUCGAGGCAGGCUGAGCUGAAAGAGGCGAAGGCGAAAGCCAGGAUUGAGAGGGGGGUUAUGUUUACGGUUGAGGAGGCUUUGGUCUUGUACAAGAAGGGUGAGGAAGAGGGGUUCCCUCUUGAUCUUCAGCUGAGGCGAUCUCGCAUGGGAUGA